AUGGCCUCGACUUUUGCUGUUGGCCUCGGUGUGGCCACCGCCGCAUUCUUGGGCCGCGCCGGGUAUGUCGCCUUCCGCCGCUACAGAGGGGGGAUGAAUGCAGCCGGAAAGGCCUUCUACAAAGGAGGAUUUGAACCGCGCAUGACCCGCCGCGAAGCCUCCCUGAUCCUGGAACUCUCGGAGCGAACCUUGACCAAGGACAAAGUGCGCAAGAACCACCGCCAGCUCAUGCUGCUCAACCACCCUGAUCGCGGCGGCAGUCCGUACCUGGCCACGAAGAUCAAUGAGGCUAAGGAAUUCCUCGACAAACACGGUUGA